UGAUAGAACCCUCCCCUGUUUCUACUCAAAACUUCCUGCUUUGGAGUUUCCAGUAAUGAUCAGAUCAGUAAACCUCUGACUAUGGGACAGUUAGGACGUCGUCUUUCCCUCUCCCUUAUGGACUGCGAGUGACUUUAAAGAGCCAUGCCUUGGCACAGUGGGCAUACAGCAGAUAUCUCAUUGGAAGACAUGGAAUAUAUGAGCAUGGCCAGCGAUCACAAGGGAGACGCGGAAUUAUUCCUUAGUUAUUUGAAUGUGUCAGAUGUUGUCAACAUUAUGGAAACCCUGUACGUGGACAGUGAAACCUGUACGGACACUGAAAGUACUGGUACUGUUUGCCAUGAGGAUUACCAAUACCAGGAAAGGUCGGACUCUCUCAUGCUCAGUGGACAAGAAUCCUCUUUUUUGAUGUCUGUCAAGUAUGGAACUAGCAAAGAAUUACUUGGCUUUAUCAAUCAGGUGUCCGACUCGAAGAAUCGUUUGCCUACUUGUUUUCAGCAGGAGUGUGGAAUUGUAUUAAGUAAGAAGGUAACCAUAAACAGGGGACGCUAUCAAAAAGACACGGAUGUGCUGCUAGUCCCGUGGAAGAUGACCUACAAAAGUAUUGGUUCUGAAUUCAUUCCCUCUGGAGCUUUUGGGAAAGUUCAUUUAGCUCAAGACCUGGCAACAAGAAGUCGGAUGGCGUGCAAACUGAUCCCAUUGGAUCAGUUCAAGCCGUCCGAAGUGGAGAUCCAGCUACAGUUGUGUCAUGACAACAUUGCAGAAUUGUACGGUGCCAUACUGAGCGACAACAUCAUGCAUCUUUACAUGGAAGCUGGAGAAGGAGGGUCUGUGAUGGAAAGGCUUGAAAGCUGUGGACCGUUGAGGGAAUUUGAAAUCCUUUGGGUGACGAAACAUGUUCUCAAAGGACUUGAUUUUCUUCACUCCAAAAAUGUCAUCCAUCAUGACAUAAAACCCAGCAAUAUCGUGAUCAUGUCCACAAAGGCUGUUCUAGUGGACUUUGGACUCAGCAUCCAGAUGACUGGAGAUGUGUAUUAUCCAAAGGACCUGAGAGGAACAGAGCUGUACAUGAGUCCGGAAGUGGUUCUCUGCAGAGGACACUCCACCAAAGCUGAUAUCUACAGCAUGGGCGCUACGAUUAUUCACAUGCAGACUGGGAAUCCUCCAUGGGUGAAAAGAUACCCCCGCUCAGCCUUCCCUUCAUAUCUUUAUAUAAUACACAAACAAGCUCCACCGUUGGAAGAUAUUGCGGAGGACUGCAGCCCUCCCAUGAAAGCUUUCCUCACAGUUUCACUAGAAAAGAAUCCCAACCAACGGCCUACAGCCGCCGAGCUAUUGAAACACGAAGCCCUACAUCCUCCUCCGGAGGACCAGCCGCGGUGUCAGAGUUUGGACACCGCUCUGCUUGAAAGGAAACGAUUACUCAAGAAAGAGUUGGAGCUGCCAGAAAAUAUAGCAGAUGCAUCAUUAUACACAAGUGAGGAAUCAGAGGUGCUAAGGAGACAGCGAUCCCUCUCUGUUGACCUUGGAGCUCUUGCCGGCUAUUUGAACAUCAUCCGUGCGCCCCCAAACUCAGAAUAUGAUUGUUCGUAACAAGGAAUUGUGCAGAAUAAGCUAAAAUGUACUCCUGCACUGCACUUUUCAUUAUAUUUCAUUACUUAAGGGUUGACCGGUUCAACUCGGUAUCGUUAAUUAUUGGUUAUCCUUAGAAACCUAAAAGCCUUUAAACUAAACUUAAGUAACUUUGAUAGUAUUUGGAUUAGUAAGAUUAGCUAUAGCUCAUUCAAUCCAAAAUAAUAGAAAAUAUUUAAAAUCUCUAGCUAUUUUUUGAGAGAUUUUUGUUUUCUUGGUGUAGCAUUGUUUAUAGUGUUAUAUGUAUGCGCGUGUUUAUCUUCACAAAAAAAAAAAUCUAUGUUGAAUAGAAAAAUAUGUUUUAUAACCAGCACAUUUUGAUAUAGUUGGAGAAAAAUAGAAAAUGUAGAUAGUUCCUAUGGAACUGUAUUAUUUUAGUUUUUUUGUAUUUGCAAUAUAAAGUGUAAUGUUCUGACAUGUCAUUCUGUACAUCCUAAAUGAUGAGUGUGUUGGCCCAAGAUAUAAUUUUAUUCAUUUUGAGAGCCCUUUUGAGAUUGUUGGGAGAAGGAUCGGUCUAUCUCACUUUACCUAACCACUUGGGUAAAAACUUUGACUCUAACCACUUGUCAAAAAGGCUAAAUACUCCUUUCCAUUAGACCGGCUAUGGUUUAACUUUGUCCCAACAGCUGUUGUUUACUUCAUUCACAUAACUAAUGUCUAGUUAUUAGGGUAAAUAUAGUCCGCCGUGGCUGCGGGGCCAAAGGUUAAGCUUUAAUGAGGUAGAGAGUUCAUUUUAUGAAGUGGAGCGUGUUUUUAUUGCACUGUAGCCAUUUCAUUUUCCUUAUGAUAACCCGCUUCAUGAAAUGUGACUUAGAAAAACUCACCGCCACCACAACUGGUUUAAUGUGUAUAGUACAAUCACAAUAGUUACCCAACCCUAUGGCCAAAUAUAACUGCCUAGAAUGGUACUGGCAGUGUACAAGGCAACAUGUCAGCAAAGAGUUAAAUCUGAGUAUUCUUCUUUUAUUGUUAAAGAGGUUCUACAAACUGUAUGUGUUAGGAUUAGAGUACUGCAUGCUAUGUAUGCUAAAUUAUAGAAUUUUAUUUUAAGCACUCCUUUUGAGUGACACUGUAAAAAUUAUAAUCAACAGCCCACUUAACAAUAAAAUAUUAUUAAAAAUGG